GCCAUGGAGACUUCGCGCAAACGUCCACGGCCAACGCUGUCCUGUCGUGAAUGUCGCGCGAAGAAACUAAAGUGCGACCGGAGCCACCCCUGCCAACAGUGCGUCCGCAGUCAGCGCGCCGACCGUUGCGUCUUCGAAACCACCAACCUCGACAGCACCACGCGCUCCGGAUCCGAAGGCCUCCACCACCCCUCCACUCGCACUAUUACAGCCACCGCCUCGGCCGCGCCGCUUGACGCCAAUGGCCCUACGAAACCAUCGGGCGUCAUCGAGGACUUGCAGGCGCGCGUCGCUGCCCUCGAGGGUGUCCUUUUCCCCAAGGAUGGCGCCCAACAAGGUCAACACCACCACCAGCACCGUCAGCAACCUAUCGGCACCCUGUCAGUCAAAGGCUCACGCUGCCGCUACUAUGGCCAGGACUACCGCUGCGCCAUCUUCAAUCAGGUGCGCGACAUGGCCGUGACGACGCUUCAACCGUCGGCCGACCCGGAGCUGUGGUCGCUGGCCCGCGAAGUCCAGGCCCUGGGCAAGAAGCCGUCAUCCAAGAUAGGCAGCGAGCACCCCUCGACGCCAUUUGAAGCAUCGCCUCUGGCUCAGUCGGACAUGCUCAAGAGGCUGCCUGCCAAGACGCUCUGCGACAAGCUGAUCGAGGCCUACUUUGCCGUCUGGGAGCAACACCUCGUCAUCCUGCACCGCCCGACCUUUUUGCCGCUGUACGAAGCCGCCAUGUCCAAGCCUGAUCAGCCGCCAAACGAGCACAUCAUGUCGCAAAUCUGCUUGGCCAUGGCCAUCGUGGCGCCCACGCUGCCCGCGUCCGACGACUUCCCCCAGCUGCCCGUGCACCAGUGGCUACAGACCAAUCCCAGCGAGACAAUCGAGGUAUGGCUGCAUGCCCUGCCGCGCAAGUCGCGCUCGGAUAUCUCGACCUUGCAGAUCCGGGCCUUGCUUGCGUUGGCUCAGCAGACGCGCGGCGCGCCCAUAGAAGAGCAGUGGACGUCGACGGGCGCGCUGGCGCGCUCCGCCAUGACGAUGGGCCUGCAUCGCGAUCCGGACUCCUUCUCGGGCAUCUCGCCUCCGCAAGCCGACCUUAGGAAACGGCUGUGGUCUAGCAUCGUAGAGAUGGACCUGCAGGUGUCACUUCUCUACGGCAUGCCGGCUGCAGUGCGUGCCGAAGACUUUGAUUGCAUUCUAGGCUCAGAUCGGGAUGCUCGACGCCAGAGCGCGCUUCUAGCGGGCCAUACUGAUGCUGUGAGAAUUGUGCUUCAAGACACGCUUGGACGGUCACUGCGCUCGCGCCUCUCCAUCGCCAACCUCAUCUGCCAACCGCUGACUCCUUCAUCCGCAGCGACCGUCCAUCAGCUCUGGAGAGAAGUGAGCGCCUCAGCGCGCAACUGGCCGAGACCGGAACCUCCUGACCCGGGCCAGUCGGAAUGGGACAUGGGUCGUUUGUUCAGUGUCGUUACUUUGACCAUCACGUACAACCGGCUGAAGAUCAGCGUCAACCGCGCGCUCUAUUCCGGCAAAGCAAACGCUGAAUGCGUCCAUGCCGCCGUAACUAUCCUAUCAUCGUUACAGUACUACGCCUCAAAAAGAGGGUUGGACAAUUCGGCUCUGGAGCACUUUCAAGAUUCCUGGCACAUCAUCUUCAUGGACGACAUUUUGCGCUCCGUCGCCGUCAUCAGCACCUUUCUGCGCUCGAACAAUGCGGACACAGCGGAGAGCGAACCGCACGCUACAUCUCCACCGACAGAAAAAGACGCCCUCUUUGCGCUCCUCGAUAACGUGCUCCAAACUCUGACGGAAAAGAUAUCGCAACAAGGCGGUAGCCUGAAAAACCUCGUCGCCAUCAGCAUCGCGAUCCACCGCGCAAAGACAAAGUGCGACGGGGCGAACGAGCGGGACACGGUGCGCCGCGGCCUGAUGAAGACGUUUGCGGAGCUGCGAGGAUUAUUGCUGGAUGCGCAGAGCCGAAGGGUAGCGGACAAGCACGAUGGGCCGUAUACGCUCGAUGUGGCGGAGACACAACCGCAGCAAGACGUACUGCUUGACGACCCGGCGACCUUGGAAUCGAUGUUUGAUUUUGGCGAUGACGUGCUGCAGUAUGUCGGGCAGUGGCCGGAUACGGCGUGGUUGCUGAACGAGCCGUGGGCGUAGGCAGUGUGUCUGUCUGGCUGGCUGGUUGGCUGACGAAAGGGGAAGGUUUUGUAUGUUUCCAGUGUCGUCUUGUCGCAUCGCAUCUCUCUUGCAUUUGUGUUUUGUACGGCUGACUUUCUAGAUGGGACGAGAUGGUGUUUGCUUUGGUAAUAUGACUGCUACUGUUGCUAAUGCUUCUGAUGGAAGAUAAAGGAGGCCCAUUCGCCUUGUUGUAUCACUACCUACCUACUCCGCAGUGCUGCAUUGCCCGUCCGUCUAUCUGUGCCCCGCAGCACUAUCGCUAUGCACAAACAACCUCAAACAAACAGCCUCAAACAAAAAAACCAGCCAAAAGAAACCGAAAACACACCAAACCAAACACCACCACACCCCCCUACAAUACCCUAGUUGGUAAUAACAGGCGUCCGCCCCACCCACUCCCCGGUCUCACUCUCAGCCACCUCAACCAGAAACCUCGCCACGCUCGCC